AUGUUGCACAGAAAGUGGCGUGCAUCCACACCAAUGCACACCCCUGCAUGCCGAUGCACACUCCUGCACGCCAAAAAUCUCACAGGCGUGCCCUACUUGCACACUCCUGCACGCUCGUGGCACGCCGAAAGUGUAGUGCCCAUGAUUCAAAUGACAUUGCAUGCAAAGUACGCCAUGGAAACACAUCAAGGUUCUGAUCACGUGAAUGCUCCAAGGGCCCUCCUUUCCUACAUCCCAUCUCCGCGUACUUCUGGUUACUCGUUCACUCUUUGGCUGUAUAAAAUAUGA